CAACUGUUUAACAACACAGAACAAAUAUUUUUUUUGUACAUAUUUAUACGAGCAUUUCAUAUUUUUAUACUUUCUGUCACGAUGAAGCGCAUCUAUGCGGAUAACUAUGUGCCGAAGUAUCAGAGCGGCAAAUGGUCGUGGGAUAGCGAGAGCGAAGGUUUGCACUUUGAGGCGCAUCAUGAUCUGGAGCACGCUCGGGAGCGCUUCAUUGAGACAUGCGGCUACAAUUUUCUGCGCACGGUCAAUCAAGAGGAGGAGAUGAUAUUUCGACAAGAGUUUAUGCGAUCGGAGACGACGCACGAUGCGGAUACGAUAGUCAUAAACGAUGUGCGCGAUCUGGUGCUGUUCUUUAUGCCCAAAGAGUUUCUCAGCCUGAAGUUCUUGAAUUUCAUGCACCAGCCGGCAGUGCAUAGAUUAUUGCAUGCGCUGAUUAUUUACUUUGAGCAUUAUUUGCGGCUGGUGGAGUUUGUGCUUAUACGGCGUGAUGAGCUAACGGGCCAUGCCGCCCAGAUACAGAGCGAGCAGACGAAUGAGAUAAAGCGCACGCUCUCCAUCUAUUUGAGUCAGUAUCGCAUGCUGGUGGCCAGAAAUUACAGCAUAAUUGUUAAGGGCGAGGGAGAUAUGAAGAAGUUUUAUCACACCAAGGAGAUUGUCAACAUAUCCUCGCCGAUUAAGGAUAAACUGUUCUAUGAGCAGUUCAUGGCUGUGGCCACGCAAAUCGUUUGGAUUACCAUGCACAGACGCGCUUACCAUGUCAUUGAAAUGGAAAUGAGUCGACUCUUUCGCUCCGAGCACUUUGUAAGCAAUCGACCAGGUUAUCCAAAGUUUUCGCCUGUGGAGCGCUGUUUGCUCUAUGGGCGCAACAAUAAAAUGAAAAACUAUCGCGCUCAGACAUCGCCAUUGGUGCAGGAGCUGAAAAAUGUCGCCGACGAGGAUACACCCAUACUAUGGAUUGGUGAGCGCAAAUAUCGCGGCACUGAUCUGCGCAUUGCUGAAAUCGAAUUGGAAUACAUUGUGCCGGGUCCACAGCUGUAUAUGAUUGACAUGGCGCGUGGCAUUCUAGGGCAUCCCAAGUCCUUGUACGACACCAUUCUGACGCUGGACUGGCCCUCAGUGCGUUAUGCCAACUACUCGCUGGAGGAUGAUCCGCAUCAACUAUUAAGACAGCCCUAUAUACGUCUGCCCAACAUCAAUGAGCAGACAUUGCGCCGCAUGCAGAAGCAGUACGAGCAUUUCUUCAAUCUUCAUCGCAUCUACGAGCCCACAAGCAUCGAAGUGCUCAGGAAGUGGUUUCGCCGCGAGGAGAUUCUGAAUUUCUAUCGCAGUGGCGGCAUGUUAACCAAUAUUACUUUACGCUGCGAGAAUGAGCUCGUUAGCCAAAAGUACGGCGAGCCUGUGGAGGAGAUAAUGACUAAAUAUCGCAAGGCUGUUACCAAGUUCCGCAAACGCAAGAGCGUUACCAACAAGAAAGCCGAGAAAACUGGUGACGAUUACUACUUUGAGGAAUGAGCAGCACUUUCUACACUUAACUAUAAAUAUAAAAUUUGCCUAAGCCACACCACACACACUGUUAACUUGU